CCGAAAGCUGCGUCCUGCGGGGUGGGGACGGAGGAAAAAAGAAGAAUCAUCAAACAGCUUCACAUGUUUGCGUCCGAACAGGCGCCUAUUUAUUCUUUCUGGGGGAUUUUUUUGUAUAUUUUUUUAUUUAUUUAUUCAUGAAGGCAUACGACCCACUUCCAGCCGCUCGGCCACAGUCUCGUGUCUGUGAACGCCCCGGCCGACCAUUUGUGAUUUGUUCCUCCCCGAGAUGAUAUGAAUGUCAGUCGGUCAAGGUCCGCGCGCUCCCGACGCAACAGCCACGGCGGGAUGUUCUAGCUUCAGGUGGGAAACGCAUGACACAAGCGUUUGGAUUAAUUUCUAAUUGACAUAUAUAUUUUUUUAUUGAAUAUCGGCGGGUAAGAGGAUCGAGAUUGUCGGUGUGUUUCGAGCAGCGUGGGGAUGACACGCUGCUGCAGUGAAGACGGGACACUGGAAAUAAUAAUAAUAAUAAUGGAUUAGAAAUCAGAACGAUGUGACUGCGACACCGCACACGAGAAGGAAACCAUCAUCUUUAAUAUCAGCGAGGGAGUCGCGUGGUUGCUUUCUGUGUCCCGUGGACUGAACAGUAUUCGUGAGACCCAUCCUCUCGUCGUCGGAGGCGCUUCCCGGUACAACAGCUGACGGACACCCCGAGAAGGACUCGCCAUGUCGGCGGUGAUGAUCACGCGAAAGGUGCGAAAAUGGGAGAAGCUUCCGGGGAAAAACACUUUCUGCUGCGACGGCCGAGUGAUGAUGGCCCGGCAGAAGGGAGUCUUCUACCUGACCCUGUUCCUCAUCGUCGGGACCUGCUCGCUCUUCUUCGCUUUCGAAUGUCCGUACCUGGCAGUCCAUCUGUCUCCUUCCAUCCCAUUUUUUGCUGCCCUGCUCUUCCUCUUCGUCAUUGCCAUGUUGUUAAGGACCAGCUUCAGUGACCCCGGGGUGCUGCCACGGGCUCUUCCAGAGGAAGCCACGUUCAUCGAGAUGGAAAUUGAAGCGGCCAAUGGGAACGUCCCCGCGGGGCAGCGACCCCCACCUCGAAUCCGCAACGUUCAGAUCAACAACCAGAUCGUGAAGCUCAAGUACUGCUACACCUGCAAGAUCUUCCGACCACCUCGAGCAUCUCACUGCAGCAUCUGUGACAACUGCGUCGACCGCUUUGAUCACCACUGUCCGUGGGUGGGCAACUGUGUGGGCAAGAGGAACUACCGAUACUUCUACAUGUUCACCCUGUCGCUCUCCCUGCUCACCAUCUAUAUCUUCACCUUCGACAUCGUCCAUGUGGUGAUGCGUUCAGUGGAUGAUGGCUUUUUGAACACCUUGAAGGAAACCCCUGGAACUGUGUUGGAGGUGUUGGUGUGUUUCUUCACCCUGUGGUCGGUAGUGGGACUGACCGGCUUCCACACCUACCUGAUCUCCCUCAACCAGACCACCAAUGAGGACAUUAAAGGAUCCUGGUCGGGAAAGAACAGAGUCCAGAACCCGUACAGCCACAAGAACAUCUUCAAGAACUGCUGCGAGGUGCUCUGUGGGCCGGCGUUCCCCAGCGUCUUGGACAGAAGAGGACUGAUGCAGGAGGAUUCACCUGCUUCAUCUACGUCUGCUGCACCCUCCUCUUCCAGCAGCAGCAACCCUUUGACACAAACCACGAAAACCACAGCUCCACUCAUCCCCAACGAGCACACACCUGACGAUGCCAAGCCGAGCAUCGCCGCUUCGGCAGAGAAGAGCGACUCCCCCAAAGAGGAAGACCCUCCGGCUCCAAAGGUCCUGCCCCUGGCUUCACCCGAGACUGAGGCAGAAGCAUCCCUCGCCAAGGACAAGGCCCAGUAGCUGCAUGAGAGGGUGGCUUUCGCCGUAGCCACUCGCCCAGUAUGCUAAAACUAGACUAAACUAAAACAUUAAUAAUCCAUGUGUGAUUAAUGUGCAGGUGACUCAGUUAUUCUCUGACACCCACCUUCCAUUCAACUAGAAGAGCAGAGCUUCUACAGCAGCUCCUCCCAUUCCUUCCUCUCCUCACCAGUAGCUGCAGAGCUGUUUGACACUUACUCCUGCAGGAGGAGGAGGAGGAGGAGGGAUUGAAUGGAAAGUCAGCAGCUUCCUCUCUGUCUCCUGAACACUGCAUGGCAAAGACACGCAGGGGGAGAAGCUGCUGGAAGAACUGCAGAGAAAAGAAACUCUCCAAGCGUUUGACAUCCCCACCGGUCACCCGUGGGUCGCUCUGAUAAAACUGAUUAAAAAUUGCAUAAUGACAUUUAUUGUAAGAGGCCAGUUCAAAUAUAUUCCUUGCAAGCGUCUGGAAAAGACAAUAUUACUUCUGGAGAUGUAUACACCUUCAUACUUAGUUACUUUUCUGUUGUGUGCACAUUACAUGCCCUAUGCAAACCAUGAGAAGGCUGGACAAGCAGGGGUUUGCUGUGUGGACACAAGGGAUAACAUCUGAUGUCCAUGCAGGGGGACGACAUGCACAUCCUUAGCUGAGACAUCCUAAAGGCUCCGUGCAGGCAAGUCAACAUCUACCUUGUAUUCUGAUAUUGCUGCAUUCAGUACUGUUGUUACUUAUCUAUUUUUGAAGUGAUCCAAAACAACGCCUGUCCUUCCAUUUUUCUAUAACGAGGCUGUAUGAUGAGGUCAGUGCUCUGAGACAGGUGAUAUUGCUUAACGUGCAGUUAGCGCCUCGUAUCCAGGAGACGCUCGGCCAGAGAUCCAGUGAGUGAGAGAAGAGGCCUGACUUGUCAUGGUAGUAGACACUGGUAGUCACAGUGCCUUAUCACAACAGUUGCACCAUCAAAGGCAACUGAGGUCGACCAUCAGAGGAGCCCCCGAAACGUUCUAAUCACUGGUCGGGUCUUAAAGAGAAAUGCUAACGUUUCUACACCAAGUAGUCCAGCGUCUCCCAACCCGGGGGUAGCAAGGUGCAUCUUAGGGGUCACGAGAUGAUUUAAGGAAGACUAUUUUUUUUUUUUUCUUCCAGAGAAUUGGAUGAAAAGCUCAAUACCUCUCAUGUCUGGUUAGUAAAUAUGAAGCUACAGCUAGUAGAUGGUAUGGUUGGCUUAGCAUAAACACAGGAAAGGCACCUCUAAAGCCCACUAAUUUAUAUGCUUAAUCAAAUUUGAUUGUCUUGACUUUUUUGUACAGGUUGAACAAGAUAAUUGGUGAGCUUUAGAAUUGCUGACCGAUCCGGUCUAGCUUUCCCCCCGUUUCCAGUCUUUAUGCUAAGCUAAGCUAACCAGCCGCUCGCUGUAGCCUCAUAUUUAGCAUACAGAGGGCGCACAAGAAUCAUAUCGAUCUACUCCUCUAAAUCCAAGAAAUCAAGCAUUCCUUUUACCAGGAUAGUCAUAAUACAGAUGCACAUAAUACUACGUAAUUGGGUGUUUUUUCUUAUGAAAUACUGUGAAUGUUUCUCCUUAAGAAACUACAAUCACUGGUUGAACUGGUCACAGAAUGAAAUAUCUUGGUUUCAAGGGACUGAAGGUUUGGGAACCACUGAAUUAAACCGUGUGAAGCAAAAACUAAGCAAAGCCAUUGUUGAAUUGUAAAUAGUUUUCGAAGGCGAUGAUGUACUGAAUACAGUGAUGCAGUGGGGUUGUUGUUCAUUAAGCUGCCUGAACGUUUGAGCACUUCCUCCUGCCAAUCACACCAGAGCUGAUCUUCCUCCGAGUCCUCCCUCUUCUUGCCAUCGUCUGCCUCCUCCCUUGAUACAAACAUGUUUUAUUCUUCUUCUUGCAUCUUUGCAGUCUGUGGCAGGCUUGUUAUUUGCCAGGAUAAAGCCAAACCAGGAGAUCUUUUCUUGUCACUCAUCUUUGUAUUUCAGCAUUCAAUCUUGCUGGAGACUUUCUUUAGUUUUGGUCACAGAUCGCUCGAGGGGGCAGCAUCCACGGGAAAAAGGAGGGAGAGAGAAAGAGAAGCUAAUUCUUAGUAUUUAAAUGAUGUUAGCUGAUAGUGAGAGUUUGUCACAGUGAUUGUGUUGUAUGCAAGACAGUGUUUGUGAAAUAUACUUGUGUAGAAGUCAACAGCUUUGUAUCAGACUCUGAAUUCUGACCGAGAUUAUUUAUUAUGAAGACGCAAUUAAAGUCGAGACUCAUUUUCUCCUAUGGGGUUGAAGACGAAGAGUGGGAAAUGCAAUUAAGGAUCCUGAGAUUGUUGGCAGCUGCUUGAUUAAUUUUAUUGUACCAUAAUAUUGGAGCAGUUUAAACCUUAAAGAGAUUCAACACUUUAAAAGAUGAAUCCAUGCCAGUUUGAUUAAUUAUUGGUUCAUCUGUGGAUGGUUUUCUUGAUUGUUUGGUCUGUCAGAAAAUAUUGAACAUUUAACAUAUUGAGUUUUAUAGAAGUUAGUCAUAUUUAGUCCAAAACCCCAACAUAUUUAAUUCCGUAUCAAAAAAUAUUUACAUUAAAAAAGCUGGAACUAGCACUUUUUGGGCAUUUUUGCUUUUAAAAAAUUGCUGGCAAUUGACUAAUAGUUUCCGAGAUGUAUCUCUCUACUCCGAUGAAAACAGGAGAGAUAACUGACACAUCUCUGUUGGAAGAAGCUUUAAGUCUGUGGCAGUAUUGUUUCUGUGAAGAAAAAAGGUAUAAUUGAGUAUCUGUUUGGAAAACUUAACGAUAAGAAGUACUAAACACAGAGUGGCUGAACUUUCUUUGUAGAACGUAUUUGAAGACGGUAUGUUUGAUAGCCGUCACCGAGAAGCAAGAAUGUAUGUGAAUGAUAUUUAAUAAAAGAAGGGAUGGGGGAUUUUAAAAGGGACGGUAUAUGUUUGAGCUCUAAAGGUUUUGCUGAUCUCUUGUACUUCUGAUUGUUAAAAUGCCGUGGUCAGAUCUGAAUGCUCUGAUCAACCUAUUACAUUGCAUUAUGUAUACAGAUACAGGACUAUGCCAUUGAUGGAACUUUUAAUUUAUGAUCACAUUGUUAAGUAUCAGCACUGUGAUUAUCUGUAUUUCAUUCAAUUUACUCUUCACUUCUUUUUACAUGAUCAAUGUCUGGUAAAUAAACUAUUGUCUUAUUAUU